ACAAUCUCCAGUGCCCACUUCUCUGUGCCAACUAUGAGUUCCUGCAACUUCACACAUGCCACCUUUGUGCUUAUUGGUAUCCCAGGACUAGAAGGAGCCCACUUCUGGAUGGGCUUCCCCCUGCUUUCAAUGUAUGCUGUGGCAGUAUUUGGAAACUGCAUCGUGGUCUUUAUCGUAAGGAUGGAGCGCAGCCUGCACGCUCCCAUGUACCUCUUUCUCUGCAUGCUGGCAGCCAUUGACCUGGCCUUGUCCACAUCUACCAUGCCCAAGAUCCUUGCCCUCUUCUGGUUUGAUUCCCAGGAGAUUACCUUUGAUGCCUGCAUUGCCCAGAUGUUCUUUAUUCAUGCUCUCUCAGCCAUUGAGUCCACCAUCCUGCUGGCCAUGGCCUUUGACCGUUAUAUAGCCAUCUGCCAUCCCUUGCGCCAUGCUGCAGUGCUCAACAAUACAGUAACAGCCCAGAUUGGUGUGGUGGCUGUGGUCCGUGGAUCUCUCUUCUUUAUCCCACUGCCUCUGCUCAUCAAGCGGCUGGCCUUUUGCCACUCCAAUGUGCUCUCACAUUCCUAUUGUCUACACCAGGAUGUGAUGAAGUUGGCCAACACAGACAAGUUGCCCAACGUGGUCUAUGGUCUUACUGCCAUUCUGCUGAUAAUGGGCGUGGAUGUCCUGUUCAUCAUUUUGUCUUAUUUUCUGAUUAUACGAACAGUUCUACAACUGCCCUCCAAGUCAGAGCGGGCCAAGGCCUUUGGAAAUUGUGUGUCACACAUCACUGUGGUAUUGGCCUUCUAUGUGCCUCUCAUUGGCCUCUCAGUGGUGCACCGUUUUGGAAACAGCCUUCCUCCCAUUGUGCAUGUUCUCAUGGGUGAUAUCUAUCUACUUCUGCCUCCUGUGAUCAAUCCCAUCGUCUAUGGUGCCAAAACCAAACAGAUCAGAACUCGGGUUCUGGCUAUGUUCAAGAUCAGCUGUAACAAGGAUCUUCAGGCUGUAUGAUGCAGG